UCCCAUCAUCUCGAUUCCUUAAUAAUGCUAUAUCAUUCGGAUAUGAACAAAAAGACGACGAUCCAUUUUAUAAAGAGAAUAACGCUAUAAGACAUCUUACAAAUCGAGAUGAUGGGACUUUAAUUCCUGAUGAUGAUGUUUUCCUUUCUGAAAUCUUUGACCACAUUAAAAAUUCAACUAAAAUAGAAUAUGAUACUGAACUUACUUUAUUUGAAGAGAAUGAAAAUUUUAUCAAAAUUUCAUUUAAAGAUAAUGUUUAUUCUCGUGGAUCAAUACCUGAUUCUGAAUGGGUGAAUUAUUUGGAUAAAUUUUUUAAAUUUAUUGUUGGCCGUCGAAUAAAAAGAGUAAAUGAAUGGUUUGAAAAGAAUCUUGCAAGAUUUUCUAAAGAGCAUAACGAAGUUGUAAUUACCACCUAUGCUCUUGAGCGUGAAAUCAGUCGCCUCAACUUAUUCUGGAAUAUUUGUCGUCUUAGCUGUGAUAAAUGUGGAUUAUUAUGUCUUAAAGCUAGUCGACAUGACGAUAAUCCAGACGAUGCGGACCACGAUUACCAAACUGAUCAUAAAUGUCACCAUAAAUGUGAAUUCAAAGAAGCUCAUCAUGAUGAAAUUAUACCAGUCUGCGAUCACUUUGCCGCACAUCAAGGGAGACAUAGAUGCUCACUUUCUCACGCAUGUGGUGCACCUUGUAUUCAUGCUGGCAAAAAAGAAUUGUCAAAAAG